CCUGAAAUUCUUUGCUAAGCGGUCGUAGUGAUGCUGCUGGGGGCGGUUCUUCCGCGCAGGGCGGCCCGACCUCGCCUAGGGCGGCGGCACCCUCUGCGGCCGCUCUUCAGGACCCCGGGCGCCACCAUCUUAACCAGGACGGAAGCCGCGCCGGGACCCGCGACGCACGCGCGCGCGCGCGCAGCGCGUCAGAACUCGGAAGUGUGUGCGUCCGGGCGGGCUCUGGGCGGCACGGCCGUGGCAGACCCCGCGAUGGCCCAGGAGCGGGGAUCGGAGGCCCCCGCGCCUCCGGGUUCUCAGACACUUCUGGAUGCCCUGCUCCGGAACCUCUACGACUUCGGGGAGACAGAAGAUGAGGCAGAAGAGAAAAGGAUCAGAAAGAAGGGAGAAAACAAGAGGAGAGAUGUAGGGACUCCAGUGACCUUGGCAGCAGACCCAGCUCCUGUACCUGGUUCUCCCGUGAGAGGCCAAAGGAAGAGAGUCUCCAGCUUCUUCAAGGAACUCAGGGAAGAGCUGCAGGGUGUUCCUGCUGUGACCCCCACCAGCUCUCCUUCAGGACCAGACGCCCCUAGUGCUACGGCAUCUCCCUCAACACUGAGGAACGGCAGGGAGCGAGUACAAGUGAUAGAAUUUCACAGCAGAAAUAAAAAAAGGAAAGGGAAGCCGGAUCAAGAUGAGAACACACAGACCAAAACUAAUAUCCUUGGGAACGAUGUGGAUAGACAAGAAUUUAACUUAGAGAAGGCUCGCUUGGAAGUGCACCGGUUCGGGAUCACGGGUUACGGAAAAGGAAAGGAAAGAGUCCUGGAACGGGAACGUGCCAUAAUGCUGGGUGCUCAGCCUCCCAAAAAUAGUUAUGUGAAUUACAAGGUCUUGCAGGAGCAAAUCAAAGAAAAAAAGGCAGCAAAAGAAGAAGAAAAGAGAAUGGCCCAGGACACAGAUAUUUUCAAGAAAAAGAAGAGGAAAGGGCAGGAAGACAGGAGAGCCAAAAAGAAGAAAUCAGCUCCCAGCAUUUUGUCAAGUGGACGGAUUGGACAGGUUGGAAAAUUCAAAAAUGGGACACUGAUUCUGAGCCAGGUUGACAUCAAGAAAAUAAAUUCCUCCCGAGUGGCUAAGUGAAGUACUUCAUGACAUAGAGGAACUCUGUACUAGAACUGGACCCCUAUGAGACUUCUAGAUUAUUCUUAAUUUAUUUCAUAUUUUAGAGACUGCUUUUCUGUUUUAGGGGGAAACGUCAAGUAGAAAUAAUAAAAUUUGUACCGGUGAGGUGUGUGUGUUUUAUGGUGAUAAGCGUACGGUGGGAAGGGCCAAUCGCACUGUGAGUAUAAUUAUAGCCAGCCUGUUGAAAAGGACGUUUAAUCCUGUCCAGCGAGAUUUAUGCUAGAUUGGCUCUGACUGGUGUUUUGUACCUCUGCAUGUAAUGGUUUUUCAUAAACUUCAUGAUUUACUGAUUUGUAAAUGCU